CCUUGCGGCCGCGGCGUCCCGCGGCCGCCGCGCGCAUUCCUUCGCCCCGCGGCAGCCGCGGCCUGUGGGCGGCGCCGUGUCGGCCUGGGCGAGGUGGAGUUCAAGAACCGGAGCGUCUUCUCCUGGCUGCCCGCAGGCCAAGGCGAGGACGCGGUGAUCCACAGGCCAGACCUGGAGCUGAGCAUCACGUACAAGGGCGAGACAUUCAGCGGCAGGGGCUACUCCAAGAGGUACUUCGGCAAGUACGGGCCGCAUUGGGGCUACCGCUUCAUCCACCUGGGGGGCAUGGGGGUGUCUGGAAUCAUCUUGGGGAUCCAGAGCUCCUGGCUCGGUGGCAAGAAGUUCUUGUGGACGGCCGACGCGACGUUCCGCCUCGGGGAUGGCGAGGCCAAAUACAAUUACUACAAGCUCCUCGACGGUGACACGGGGGAGCUCGUCCAGGCUCCAAGCGAGGAUCCGGACCUACCAGCUGGACAGCAAGGGCGUGGGGUACAUCGACGGCCAGCGCCACGUCGCCACCGUCACGCCCCUGGCGGAGAGUGGACCCACGACUUCGACAGGGGCCGCACCAACAGCCGCAUGCAGCUGAGGUACUGCCAGAUCGAGGUGGACCAAGGCCCCGGCGCGGAGGUGCUCAAGGGGUACGCGCUCAACGAGCGCUGCUUCGGCACGCUGUGAGGGAGCACGCACUGAGACAGCGAGGCUCCGAUCUCUGGGUCGGGAAGAUGAAAAGGAGGAG